AUGAUGUUGAUGAUAAUUUAUGAUGAUUAUGAUGAUGAUGUGGAUGAUGAUGAUGAUUUGGAUACUGAUGAUGUUGAUGAUGAUUUGGAUGAUUAUGAUUAUUUGGAUGAUGAUGAUUUGGAUGAUGAUGAUGAUGAUGAUAAUGUUGAUUUGGAUGAUGAUGAUUAUGAAGAAGAUGAUGAUGAUGUUGAUGAUGAUAUUGAUUUAGAUGAUGAUGAUGAUUUCGAUGAUGAUGAUGAUGAUGAUGUGGAUGAUGAUGAUGAUUUGGAUGAUUAUGAUUAUUUGGAUGAUGAUGAUGAUUCGGAUAAUGAUGAUGUUGAUGAUGAUUUGGAUCAUGCUGAUGAUGAUGAUGAUGUCGUAGAUGAUCAUGAUGAUUAUGAUUUGUAUGAUGAUGAUGUUGAUGAUAAUUUUUAUUAUGAUGAAUAUUUGGAGGAUAAUGAUGAUUUCGAUGAUGAUGAUUUGGAUGAUGAUGAUGAUGAUAAUGUGGAUGAUGAUGAUGAUUUGGAUGAUGAUGAUGAUUUGGUUGAUGAUAAUGAUUUAAUGAUGAUUUGA